AUGUCUCGCUCUCGUCGAGGAUUAUGGCCCUUUCUGCUUAUCGUAUUUUCUCUCUUUCUUCUUCUAUAUCGAUUGCAUCCAACGCAUGAUGAUGAUAUAUCUCAAUUGGAAUCCCUUGAACUACCAGAAGAGUCCAAUAUCUUGCACCCUGGCGAUUUUGUCGACCCUGCCGGAUAUCCCGAUCCCUAUAUCGUACCAGUCAAGGAUAAACACAUUCAUAAGCCUGAUGGAGAGGGCACUUUGCACGACAUACCAAAGACGACAUUGAACAUCCUACACCGGCCAUAUACGAUCCUUACCCUGCUUAUAAUACUCCGAAAUGGCACAAAAUUUGGGCUGGCGAUCAUCAACCUUGCCGUGGGCCACGAGGCAGAGACAUUGAUCGCAGCAACAGCGAAGAUAUGA